AAAAACAACUAGAAAAUUAUACACGCAAUAAUGGCUUACUUAGUUUUCAUUGGAUUAUCAACAUAACUGAUUCACUCGACGCUCACUACAUGGCCAACGUGGAUACUCCUAUUUCAGAGAGUGGAACAAUGAACCUUACGUUAUACGAUCGGCUGCUACCACCCGGAGCGAGCUACAACUGGGGCGUGUUAUUACUCGGGUUUGUCGUCGUGUUCGGGAUUACCGGAAACGUGCUGGUGUGCCUCGCAAUAUCGUUGGAGAAGCGUCUGCAAACAGUGACCAAUUACUUCCUGUUGUCUCUGGCCGUAACAGAUCUGCUUGUAUGCAUUCUCGUCAUGCCUAUGAGCAUAUUGAACGAGUUCUUUGGAUACUGGCGCUUCACAGCACAAGCAUGCAAUGUUUACAUUACCACUGACGUUUUGAUGUGCACGUCAUCAAUUCUUCACCUAUGCAGCAUCUCCGUGCAGCGGUAUCUUGCAAUACGCUCACCAUUAAAGACGAGAAACAAGUCUAAAUCAGUAGUGGUGGCAAAGAUCGGGGUAAUCUGGGUGGCCGCUGUGGCUAUAUCUAGUCCUGUGACAGUUCUGGGAGCACUUGAUCAAUCAAAUAUAUUUAACAAUCAUCAGUGUCUUUUGAACAACGACGGUUUUAUAAUAUACGGAUCGAUUCUAGCCUUCUUCAUUCCUCUGAUAAUCAUGGUGAUAACAUAUACGUUAACAGUGCGUCUUCUUCGAAAACAGUCAAAGCUUUGUGAUCCAAACAGCCAAGACGCAAAAGAGGGAAAACCGAUUAUACGGAGGUGUAAGACUUCCGUCCGCCGCCACAAUUCAUUGUCGGAUUGCAGGCUCGUUAAUAAAGACUGUUAUGAGCUAUUUGAAAAAGAGAAGAUAAAUAAUAAUUCAAAUCCUGGUCAUAUAUACAAGCAAAUACCAAGUAUUAUUCCACAUUCUGUAUCAUGCGAGUCAUUAUACACUGCGAACGUUACAAGGAAAACAUUCAAUGUAAAAGAACCAUCAAAGUCGUGUUUCUUAGAUGUUCCACGGCUAUAUACUGUUAACAAUUCCACAGAGACGUUAACUUCCAGUGAUAUUGAUAUAUCGGAGGAAGAGGAGUCAUUCUCGAAAUUCCAUGUGCAUGAUUGCUCGAGAAAAUCUUCCUUGACCCGGACAUUCAUUGUGAAAGCCUCGAGUCUCUUGAGUCUCGCCAGAUACAAACACGACAAAACCACCGUUAGAACUGAGCAAAAGGCGUCAAAAGUAUUGGGACUUGUGUUUGUGAUAUUUGUGAUGUUAUGGUUACCGUUUUUUAUAGUGAAUAUUAUCCCAGCGCUUUGUGACGCAUGCCCCGUUAACCCGACGCUGGUCUCGACAUGCGCAUGGCUUGGUUGGGCUUCUUCCACCAUCAACCCAAUUAUCUACACCACGUUCAACAAAACCUUUAAGCGGGCCUUUAUAAAACUCUUGACGUGUAAAUACCAUACGACUGCAGAGUCAACAUGUCCUUUGUCCAAAGAUGUUAGGAAAUCCAAUGUGAUCAUAAGAGAAAAUUCCAGUGAUAGAGAGUUGACUCUAGUAUAAUAUUUGUUAAUAUAUGACGGACAGCGUUACUUUAGACCCAAUAUCGUUGUAUAUACAGAUUGCACAAAAACUUAA